AUGCUUGUUUUGACGACGGAAAACGUUCUAAGAUUGGUCAAAUUUAUCCUGAACGAAGAAGUGAGUGUUUUUUUUACUCAUCUGAUACCCAUAUUUCACUCUAUUCAUUCAGAAAAUUCCUGAUAUUUCGACAGAAGGAUUGGAAGAUUCGGAUGGAUUGCAAGAUUAUGAUUUGAACAAGUUAUUGAAAUCGAUUUAUGACAAAGUAAAACGAAUUGGGGAAUUUUACGAUUCUGUUGAUGUUUUGAAAGACGACAUUGCGAUUUUAGAAAAAGUCCCAGGCCUUCUUCGAUUGAUAGAUUCGGGAAGAAUAACUGAAAACUAUUUGGAAACCGUUCUUCCGGAUGUUUUGAUUCAUGAAAACAAGCAAGAAUUCAUGUCAAAGUUUGAUUUUACGAUGUAUUUUCGCAAUUUUCUCGACGAUAUGGAUAUAACAAGUCUUGCCAAGUUGUUUGUCAAAACCUGGUUUAUCAGCAAAUUGAAUCGAAGUGAGAAUGUUUAUGAAAUAAUUCCAUUCUCUAUUUGGGAAGAUGUUCUGAAUUCACUCGAAAAUAAUGGUGUCGCUCGUAUGGUCCCUGAGAAGAUUGAGUUCAAACAUUUUUUGUGUCUUCGUGAAUAUUUUGAUCAUGAUCCCAAAACUUUUGAUGAUUUCGUGAGAACACAUUUCACAGAAAUCUGUCAGGUAAACUAUUUAUUGUUAUAAAAAUAUCAAUAACAUUUAUUUGCAGAGAAGACCAAUCGUGAAAAACCAAAAAUUUUAUCAACAUUCUUAUGGAAAUGCUAUCACCCACCUGGAAACUAUUCGGAUUACUUAUUCAAAAUUCACCGAAAUUUUCAAUCCUUUUCCUCCCUCAAUUACAUCUGUUCCGUCUAAAAAUCGUUUGCCAAUUCUUCGAAUAUUCGGAAUUACACUUGGAGGAGGUUACAUUAAUUUAAAGUAAAGUUUUCUGAACUUGAAGUAUUAGUAUUCAACAAAAUCAAAAAUUACAGAUCAGAAUUGUUUAUUUUCACAAAAGAGCUUGAGAAUGCUUUAAAAAUUUUGUUGGGAAAAGAAGUUUGUUUGCAAGAUGAAGCUAAAUGCGAAGAAUAUAAAAAACAUGGAAUACUUCUAACGACCAGUUUUGAAAAAUAUAAAAAUAUUAUCAAAUCAUUUGGAGUUAAAGAGGAGGAUUUUAUUGUGAGUGAAUAGAUUUAAAGAAAGUAAUAAUUGGAAAAUUCCAGAUAUUUAACGCAUGCGCCGAAACAGCAUCCAAUAUGAUAUGUGUUCCCAUAACUUCUUCUUAUGGAACACAUUGUAAGCCAUCAGCAAUGGCUUACAAAGAAAUAAUCGAUUAUCUCGUAAAUCAUUUACAAAUAUUUCAAUAUUGUACAGCAUCAGACUUUCAUAUAACGUUAUACUGGAUUUUUUCAAAUGUGGACCUUCUGAAUAUUAUGCAAAAUAUGGUAUGUUUAUAUUAUAGUUUCAUUAUGGGGAAAAUUGAAGACAUGUUGUUUCUUUUCUAGAGUAAUUGGACAAUGAUUGAAUGUUGGAAAAUCGAGAAAAUCAAAAAAGCUGCGAAAGAUGAGCUGGAAAAAUAUAAAACUACUUCCAAACGAUAUCAAGUUCCACUUCAAAAAUCAUACACAAAAUCUGAGGCGAUGAAACAUGUUAAAAACUUGCUCCAUCCUAUGACAUUCAAUUCAGAAGUGUUUCGAUUGUGUUUUGCUGCGAUGUCGGAAAUUGAAAAAUCAAAGACCACAUUGAAAGAUUUAUAUUGGAUGUAUAGUUCGUGUUUCGAGAAAAGCACUCUUCAAUUUUGGCAAGAUGUAAUUCACACCCAACAUUUUACAGUUUUAAAAAAGUUUGUAUUCCAGAGUUCUUGGAAACAAAUAAUGAAACGAAAACCCGAAAAUCAGAAAAUUGAAUUCGAAUCAAUGAAAAAUGUUUCCGCUCCAAAACUGAAUACUGCAUUUCCAUCAACGAAGAAAGGAUUUUUGAAUCCCAAGAAAACUGAUAUUUUUGAGGAGGUGGCGAGAAAAAUUAGUGAAAUUUCUUUGUCAGUUUUUUUCCUCAUAUUUUAUUUCCAAAAUUAUAUUUGUUUUUCAGCAAAACUCUUGCUUAUUUUUCGAACACCGAAUUUCAACCAAUAUCAGAAUUCGAAAAACUAUUGGAAAAACCAGAUUUUCGUCAAGUUUUCAAUGAGAAGAAUUUUGAAUAUCUGAAGAAUACGAUAUUUAAAGAUAAAGAAAAAACGAAGAAAUUGAUGAAAAAAUUAGAGGAUUUAUUCGAAAUUGAAGAAAAUGAUGAAAAAUUGAUGAUAAAAAAAAGAACAAGUUAUAAAGUUGAUCCAAUGAAAAUGAAAAUAAUCGAAGAAAUUGAGGAAAAUGAAAAAAAGAAGAUUGAAAUUGAGAAAGAAAAUGAAAAAGAAAAAAUGAUGGAAAAUAUGAAAGUGGAAAAUUUGGAAAUGAAAAAGAAUAUAGAAGAACUUCGAAAACAAUUGGAAAAUAUAAAAAAUGAAGCGGAAAAUGAACGAAAAAUGUAGGUUUUUAUUCAUAGAAAUGUAUUUUCUCAAAUAAUUUUUUUUUUAGAUUUCACGAGGAAAUUUCUCUGAAAAAUGGAGAAAAUUUGAAAAUCGCUGAAAAUUUGGAAAAUUCGAAAAAAGAAUUGAAACAAGUUAGAAAAGAAUUGAAAGAAACACGUGGAACAUAUUCGAAAAUUGUUGAAGAAAAUCAAAAAGAAAUUGGAAAUUUGAAGAAAGAAACUCGAAAAAUGAAAGAAAAUCAGGAAAAUGAGAAGAAAAAGUAUGAAAAAGAAAUGAAAUUGAAAGAGAAGGAAAACAUGGAAAUAUCUGGAAAAUUGCAAAGAUUAGAAGAAAAUUCGGAAAAAUUGAAUUCGAAGAUCAAAAGUUUGGAAAAAGAUUUGAGAAAUGCGAAAAAUUCGGCGAAAAUUGAAAUGGAAAACAAUUUAAAAGUUAUUGAAAGAAAUAUGAAUGAAGCUGAAACAUCAAAAAAAUAUUUGGAAAAUGAAAAAGAAAAUAUGAAAAAACGAUUGAAACAAUUAUUGGAUGAAAAAGUUGAAGAAAAUGGAAAGAUUGAAGAAUUAUCAAAAGAAAACAAGAAACUUCGAGAAAAACUUGCGAACAAUUCGGAAAAAAUGAAAAAAUUCGAAGAUUGGUUUGAAAAUGGAAUCGACAAAAUGAGAAGAACUUCAAAAAAUCAAGAAAAAUUGAGGAAAUAUGAACGAAUUUUGAAAAUUGAUUAUGAAACAAUUAUUGAUGAAAUAAGUUCGAAAUUAAAUGAACUUAUUCGAAAAUUCCCUGAAAAUUCCGAAAUUUUGAGCGCGAAAAAUGAAAUCGAAAAAUUUGAUGAAAAUUUAGAGAAUUAUAUGGAAAAAAUUCGAGAAGAAAUUAGAAAAAUUGAAAGAAAUCUAGAAGGAGAAUAUGAAGAAAAUGAAGAUAUUCAAGAAUUUCCAAAUCAAGAAUUUAUGCAAAAAUAUCAAGAAUGGGUCGAAAAAUACUUGUGA